UUAAAAUACCGGCCGGUACUGUUUGGGAAAGAAAAAGAUCGUAUAAGAAUAUUUGGAUUCGGGAUUGUUCGGAACUAUCUCAAAAAUCCACGUAAUGGUCAAAUCUGCAAUGUCGUGAAAAAUAUCCCUUUCGGUUUGGGCUGUUCUUCCACUUCCAUGUCGGGCGGCUUCAUCUCCAUUUAAAGCCCGCUCGAUCUCCCUCCUCUCUGCCCUGAGCCGCCGAAGCUUCUGCAACUCCAUCUCCACUGGCCGCUGCAGACGAAUCGCCGGUCUUGGAACUGGUGGUGUUCAUCUGGUUCUUGAAUUCACCCGGAAGUCGAUCUUCUGUAUUUUCAUCUCGCUCGAUGUUUCUCGUCAGAGAGGUGUAAUAUCUUCGUUAGUUCUGGUCUUCUUCAGCUUGGUUGCUCGACGACGAGGAGGAGGAGGAGGAGGCGGAGCGGGAUGAAGAUACAGUGUGACGUGUGCGAGAGGGCGGCGGCGGCGGUGCUGUGCUGUGCCGACGAGGCCGCGCUGUGCUGGAGCUGCGAUGAGAAGGUCCAUGCCGCCAACAAGCUCGCCGGGAAGCACCAGCGAGUCCCUCUCCUCCCGACUAAUCCCAACUCUUGUUCUUCGCAGAUCCCCAACUGUGAUAUUUGUCAGGAGAAAGCUGGGUAUUUCUUCUGCUUGGAGGAUCGUGCUCUACUGUGUCGGCAGUGCGAUGUGGUCAUCCACACGGCCAGUCCAUACGUAUCCUCCCACCAGCGUUUUCUGAUCACCGGCCUACAAGUUGCUCUUCAGCACCAUCUUACCAACGGCAGCAACAAGAACAGCAGCAGCGGGGGUAAUGGUGACAGCAACAGUACCAGGAGCGACGGCCCCCAUAGAUCUCAGGUUACAGCUGAUUCAAUUGUCAAUCAGAAGCUUCAAGCAGCCACAUCAGGUUAUGUUACGGAGGAGGGUUUGAGGCCACCAUGGCCUUGGAAUGAGAUUCUUGGUGGUUUUCAAUUCGAUCCGUGCCACGGACUGUCGGAGCCAGGUUCUCCGGAUCAAACAGGGUGAAGGUAAAUUGCAUUUCUCAUUGUCAUUAAGUCAGAAAAUCAAAUUAUUCUACUACUUUGAUUUGCAUUCUCUGGAGGAGUUUGUGUCUGCACUAUUCCUCUUUUGUGUGGGAAAGAUCAGUCAGUACAUGAGUGCAAUAAUAGUCCAACUCCCUCCUAAUCUGGAGGGACUCCUUCAAUUUA